UCACUCACCCUUUCUUCUUUGCUAGUUUCUUCUUCUUCUUCUUCUUCUAAUGGCCAACUCUGAAUUCUUCUGCUACUCGCCUCUCUCCCAACCCGAUUCCGUUCCUCAAUCGAAAUCAUUUUCCUUCGUUUCGCCCUCCGACUACUGGAACAAGGCUGCGAACGCUCUCAGCCACACCCAUCUUGAGGAGGUUUGUCGUAUGCUAUCGGAGUUUCAAGAUGCUCGAGCUGUUGACAUUGAAGGUGCCACCCUUACUGUCGCUCAGGUCACUGCCAUUGCUCGUCGUAGCGACGUCAAAGUCAACUUGAAUGAAGCUGUGGCUCAUGAUCGUGUGGCCAAAAGUGCAACAUGGGUUGCUGAGAAAAUCUCUAGUGGAACUGAUAUCUAUGGAGUUACCACUGGUUUUGGUUCGACUUCCCACCGGCGUACGACCAAAGCGGCCGACCUCCAAACAGAACUCAUUAGGUUCCUCAAUGCUGGAGUUAUUGGAAAGGAUAAUCUUCCAUCUGGAUACUCAAAGGCAGCCAUGCUUGUUAGAACUAACACAUUGAUGCAAGGCUACUCGGGCAUUCGUUGGGAAAUUCUUGAAGCUGUGGUGAAGCUCAUGAAUGAGAAUUUGGUACCUAAAUUGCCUUUGAGAGGGACAAUCACAGCUUCUGGAGAUCUUGUUCCAUUGUCUUAUAUUGCUGGUGUUAUCACUGGAAGGCAUAAUUCCAAGGUUACCACCAUUGAAGGGGAUGAGAUCACUGCCAUGGAAGCUCUCAAGAGAGCUGGAAUUGCAGGCCCAUUUGAGCUUCAAGCAAAGGAAGGCUUAGCUCUUGUCAACGGAACCGCUGUUGGGUCGGCCGUGGCCGCCACUGUUUGCUACGACGCCAAUAUUUUAGCUCUUUUAGCCGUCGUUCUCUCUGCUUUGUUCUGUGAAGCCAUGCUCGGGAAGCCAGAAUUUGCAGACCCAUUGACUCAUAAACUCAAGCAUCACCCUGGCCAGAUUGAGUCCGCCGCAGCCAUGGAGUUUCUCUUGAACCAAAGCGAUUUCAUGAAAGAAGCAAAAAUCCGCCAUGAAAACAACCCAUUAACUAAGCCAAAACAAGAUCGCUAUGCACUUCGAACUUCCCCACAAUGGCUUGGACCUCAAAUCGAAGUCAUUCGAAUGGCAACCCAUUCGAUUGAAAGGGAGAUCAACUCUGUGAAUGAUAAUCCAUUGAUCGAUGUCAGCCGGAAUCUGGCUCUGCACGGAGGAAACUUUCAAGGGACCCCAAUCGGAGUUUCCAUGGAUAAUCUCCGAAUCGCCAUCGCUGCAAUUGGUAAGCUAAUGUUCGCCCAAUUCUCCGAACUCGUCUGUGAUCAUUUCAACAAUGGAUUGCCGUCCAAUUUGAGCGGUGGGCCAAACCCUAGCUUGGAUUACGGAUUCAAAGGUGCGGAAAUCGCCAUGGCUGCUUAUUGCUCUGAGCUCCAAUACUUAGCAAACCCUGUCACAACUCAUGUCCAGAGUGCAGAACAACACAAUCAAGAUGUAAACUCUCUAGGUCUAAUCUCAGCCAGAAAAUCCGCCGAAGCCAUCGAGAUUCUCAAGCUCAUGUCCGCUACAUACAUGGUGGCCCUCUGCCAAGCAAUCGAUUUAAGACAACAAGAAGAAAAUAUGAGGGAAGUUGUGAGAAAUGCAGUUCUCCAAACAAUCAGAAGAACACUAUACGUUACAGACUACGGAUCUCUCACCGAAUCGCGAUUCUGCGAGAAAGACCUAUUACAAGUAAUCGAUCGCGAACCAGUUUUCUCCUACAUCGACGAUCCUACGAACACCUCAUACGCCCUAAUCCCAAAAUUACUGGAAGUUCUAGUCCAAAGAGCGCUGAAAGGGAUUGCAACAGCCAAAAAAGAGAACGGAAACGAAACAGGCAUUGCAAUUUUCAAGCAAAUCCCGGGGUUUCUUGAGGAAUUAAAGGAGAAAUUGGAAAACGAUGUGGAAAAUGCGAGAGGGAGAUUUGAGAAUGGUGAAUUCUUAGUGGAAAAUAGAAUCAAGAAAUGCAGCACUUACCCGAUCUAUCGCUUUGUGAGGACUGAGGUUGGUACUCAGCUGCUCAGUGGAGCGAAGAAGGUGAGCCCUGGAGAAGAUAUUGAGAAAGUGGUGGACGCCAUUAAUGAAGGGAAGCUUGGAAGCGUUGUGCUUGAGUGCUUGAAGAAUUAGGGCAAUUGUGAUUUGGUUUGUUCCCAAUUUUAUGUUUAGUUCUUAUGGCUUUCAUUUUGA